GCCAUUUGGCCAUGUGGUCGACCUUGGAAGCGCAGGGCCUCCAGGCGUCCGGCGCUGCGCUCGUCGUCGUCGUCGCGCUCCUCGUACGCUGGCUCGUCUCGCUGCAUCCGUACUCGGGCAUGGGCCUUAGCCCCAUGUUCGGCGACUACGAAGCCCAGCGCCAUUGGAUGGAGCUCACGUUCCAGCUGCCUCUCUCGCGCUGGUACCACUACGACCUCUUGUACUGGGGCCUCGACUACCCGCCGCUGACGGCGUACGUCUCAUAUAUCUGCGGCUCGGUGGCUAGCGUUGUCGAGCCCGCGCUCGUGGCCUUGGACGCGUCGCGCGGCUACGAGACCGUGACGAGCAAGGUCUUUAUGCGGGCGACGGUCCUCAUCUGCGAUCUCGUCGUCUUCAUCCCGUCGCUCGCGCUGCUCGCCAAGUGCGUCUACGACAAGCAGUGGAUGUUGCGCAUGGAAUUGCUCAUGCUCAUGCUCUUGCAGCCCGCGUUCAUCUUGAUUGACCACGGCCACUUUCAGUACAACAACGUGUCGCUGGGCUUGACAACGCUUGCAGUUGUGUGCAUUCUGCGCGAUUAUAACUUUGUCGGUGCCGUCUGCUACUGCCUCGCGCUCAACUUUAAGCAAAUGUCGCUCUACUACGCGCCGGCCAUCACGUUCUACCUCUUGGCCAAAUGUGUCUAUGGUCCCCGCUUCCUGUCUCUCUUUGCCACGCUCGCAACAGCCGUCCUUCUGACGUUCUCGGUGCUCUGGGCGCCGUUCUGCGUCUUCUCGGACACGACCUGCGUCGACGGCCUGGCCCAAGUGCUCCACCGCAUCUUCCCCGUCGGGCGUGGCCUCUUUGAAGACAAAGUGGCCAACGUCUGGUGCUGCCUCGACCUCUUCCUCAAGCUGCGGCAGCGCGUCGCCAGCCAAGAGCACCUGGUGUACCUCUGCACACUCGCCACGCUCCUGGCCUUUCUUCCGUCGGUUCUCGACCUCCUUCGACGACCACCGAGCCGCACGCGCUUCUUCCUCAGUCUUUUCAACUGCUCGAUGGCCUUCUUUCUCUUUUCGUAUCAAGUCCACGAAAAAUCGAUUCUGCUGCCGCUCUUGCCCAUGACGUUUUUGCUCUCGGAAGCGUCGCUGCUCGCAAGCCACUUUGGUGCUGUCGCGACCUUUAGCAUGUACUUUUUGCUCGUCAAGGACGGUCUCGUUGUCCCGUAUGUGGCCGGCAGCCUCGGCUACGUCUGCUUUGGCAUCUACCCGUACCUGACAUCGUCGCGCUUGCACGCCGACGUCUCGGCGCCGGGUAUCGAUCGUGGCGGCCGAGUCCAUCGCUGGCAGCGCGUCUACGUGCUUGUGUCGCUGCUGGGCAUGCUCGUGCUGCACUUGGUGGCCGCGCUUGUGCCGCCACCGGCCAAGUACCCCCACGUCCACCAGUACCUCUUUGCCCUCUACGCGUGCGCUCACUUUGUGCUGGCGCUUGGCUACACAACGUACUGGCAGUGGACGGUCGUCGAGGUCGCCAAGACCAAGACCGACUAGACGCGGUUCAACCGCGGUUUGAACUGUUAACCCUCCCGCGACGGAGAGUUUUGGGCGAUAAUCUUAACCUACGUGAGCUUUGCCGCGAGUUGAU